CUUCUUUUGGAGUUGGUUAUAUUGCUUGUCACUACAAUUUGGUGACUAAAGUAUACGAAGCUUUUAACGACAUUCCGUCAACUACUCAUAAGAAUAACGGUUACCCUUACAGGACUUCUGCUAGAGAACAUCUUCAACGAAGAGGAAGUUUUGCCCUUAAAGAUUUGGAAGCCGCUUUAUCGGCAUUAUCGACGGAUAAUAGCUCAUCGUUUGUAUAUAUGGGUAAAGUUUGUGGUGCGCCACCGAUUGUCUUGGGCGUGAUAACUACACAUUCAAGUAAUGAUGAUAUCCAUGAUAAUAUUCACAAAGAAGGUAUAAAGAAUCAUAAUUACUAUGAUGCCGAUUAUGACCUUCAAUGCAUUGCCGAUAAAAAGAUGACGGCAGACUUUUGGAUGACGAUCCAUUUACAGGACAAUAAUAUGCCUUCGCUCAGAUAUUCAAACAUUAGUUCUGAAAUAAUUUUUUACAAACAGCCAAAUCCCACAAAACUUCAAUAUCUUUCAUUGGAUCCGUUAGUAUUAGACAUUCAACAGGAUAGUGGAAAUAAGAUUGAGCAGGAUUCAAUAACAAUAAAUAAUAUAAAAACAAUCAUCAAUACUCGGGUGCAUUUCUUAGGUGAACAACGAGUACAGAUUAAUUAUAUGGAUCUCAUUUUGAACCAGAUUAAUUCAUCGUUUGAAACCGAAAAAGCUAUUAUAUCUCGUUGCCAAGCAUUUACAAUAAAACGUUGCCGAAGUAAAAGUGUUUCUGAAACAGUAAAGGAAUCGGCCCCAAUAAUUAUCUUGCUCAUGAUUGUGAGAAUUUUUGCCGAGGUGAUUUUACGGAUCUUGAAUUUAAGGUUUCCGCCAUGGCUUUUUAAUGGAACCGCAUUAAAGGAUUUAUCUGCCACAUCACAGCAAAUUGAUUUACGCCUUCAGCAAGCUUGCUAUUGGCCUUGGCAAUAUAUGCUACUCCGAAUUAGAGAUUGGACGAAUACUGCGACAACGCGUGCACAGUAUAUUAGUAUGUGGCUUGUAGCGAAUGAUAUAAUAAUAGGUGUUACUAUAGGAUCAUUUCUUAUCAAUAAUAGUGAGUACGUGGCAAAUAUCUUGUUAAAGGACUAUCUCGAUCAUUAUACUAUUGAAAAUUUAGUGUCGAUGAUUGAAUGGUUGAUGGGUUGGCCAGCGGGUCUAAAAUUGAAUAGUGAGUUGGAUAAAUUCUUGGGUGAACUCUUUCUUUGGUCAAUUGAUUUGUGGAAAGGAAAAAAAUGGAACACACUGCGAAAGAGAAUUGAUUCCUGUGACUAUGAUCUGGAUCAAUUACUUCUGGGAACAAUUUUGUUUACCUUAUUAACAUUUUUGUUCCCUACUGUUGCGGUGUAUUACGCCACUUUUGCAACUAGUCGUGUAGCAGUUAUCUUUUUAAAAGCUUUCAUGGAAACUCUACUAGCGUUUUUGAAUCAUUUUCCACUAUUUGCGAUCAUGCUGAGAUUUAAAGAUCCGGAACGACUACCAGGCGGACUAAGGUUUGAAUUAUGCGAUACAGAUUAUUUUGCAUCUGGUGGAAUCGCCAGAGUUGUUCGGGGAAUUAAAUCUAUUUGGCCUUGGGCGAAUCGAUCCAUCAAUCAGGACAUUCCUAUAAAGAAUGUACCUAUUGUUAAUGGUCUAAGUUCUCAAACUAGUGAUUCUACAGUUGAUGAACCGGAUCAAUUUACCGAUACCAUUAUCGGCAAUAUUUUUUCAAUACCUCCUGCUAUGGAAGAUGCUGAGCUCUCAUUAUUUCUCACUGUAUGA